AUGGUAGACUUUCCACAGAUAAAGAGAGUUAUUUUUAUUGUUGUAUUUAGACUAGACAUGGUGGAGAUUCGUGGCAAGCGGGGAAGAAAGGUUCCAGUCAUCUUGACCCCCGAGAUGAUCAACGCUAUUGAUGUUCUAAUCAAGACGAGGAAAGCAGUAGGCAUCGCAGAUGAGAAUCUGUACGUGUUUGCAAGACCAAAUAGACAGUCUUUAGAGCCUAUGCGUGCCUGGGAUUGUCUCAAGAAAUUAAGCACACAGUGUGAACCACCUUUGUCAAACCCUACAAAUAUCACCACUACAAGGAUGAGGAAGUACAUAGGAACUAUUUCGCAAGUACUGUCUCUGAAAGAAACAGAAGUGGAUUGGCUCGCGAGACACCUUGGCCAUGACAUUCGAGUGCAUAGGGACUUUUACAGACUCCAUGAGUCUACAAUUGAAAUCGCUAAAGUUGGCAAACUGCUUCUAACGGUAGAUCAAGGGAAAACAGGCAAAUUUGCCGGAAAAACCUUGACAGAAAUCGAUCUGAAUGGUAAGUACAAGUGAUCUUUUCAUGCUAAUUUAAGGCAACUCAAAACAGUAGUAUACCGGAAGACGCCUGGGCUCUAACGUGUAUUUCAGCGCGAGGCAUCACGCGAUCACCCGAGAGGUGUCCUUCAUUCAUUCAUUCAUUCAGGUCGCGAGAUAGCGCGCGAGAUUUAAAGUUACAAACAUGGCGGCGCGAGGCCUACUUUGUAAAAAUUUGUUUCCGCCAGGUUUGGUAAGCUGUUUACGAUAUCAGUUAUUUUUGGGCCUUAAGAGGCAAUUUCCAAGGAAAAACAUUCUUUUAAACCACUGUGCUGGAACGUAAACAAAAAUUGUGAUGUUGAUGUUGCGAUCAAUCACGCCGGGUAUCAGUCUAAAAAACUGCAAGGAAAAACUACUCAUGACGGGCUUUGCUCACCGAAAAAAAUUAUGCAAAUUAGGCUAAGGGUAGAUUGAAUCUACCCAUGGCUUAUGAUUAACUGAAACGGGAGAUCACAAUUCGCGCCUUCAUACGACUGAGGUGUUACUUUGGAAUCCUCGGUAAUUACUUUUUUCGCACUUGCCGGCAUCCAAAAACACCCGGUGUGGGAAUCACGAGACGUGUAAAUAAGACAUUUCUUGACAUAAUAAAAAGGUUUUCCAGAUACGGACGCGCAUUUGUUGGCUUUACUCGCGUGGAGACACACGUCAACUGUUACUUCUCACGCGAAAUAGUAUUCAAGGCAUGGCUCUACUGUAAAAAAACCCCGCUCUUUAUUGAUCGCACAACCAUAAUUAUAGAAGGCGAUAGCAAGAGAAAUAACUAUCACUCGAACGGGAUAAUUGAAGAUCAAAAACCAAACCUUAACGAGAGCGGGGUUUAUAUCUGUUACUAAAGAGAAAUUGAAAAAAAUGAAACAUAAACCCUUUGCCGACUCAGAAAAUAUUACGAGAAGCUAAGGUUUACCACCCGAGAAACAUUUUAAUGACGACCUAAAUCUAUUCUUACGGGAGGAAUGAAAUUAUUUGCAAUUAUGUCGAUCGAACAGUAUACUAUCUUCUGUCUAUUACUGUGUAGUCGGCAAGAACAUUACACAAAACGGCGUCAGCAACGAGGUUCGAUGUGAUAAAUUAAGUACAUUUACUUACCUGUGAUAAAUUAAUGUUUACUCAAUGAGAAUGAUUUAAUCCCAGAGAAACUACGAUUCCCGAAACAGGAACAUUUGGAAUUCUUGGACAUCAGUAACUACAACUGACUUAUAACAGCUUCAUUUUAAUAGCGACUUGAUUCUAUAAUAAUAAACCGUGAGAUCUAACGCAAAGCUCACAGGGCACGGCAAAGGGAAGGCAACCAGAGGGUUUGAAGUAAUCUCUGGAAGUUAACCCUAAGAUUCUAUUUUGCUAAAGUAACGCUUUGAUUUAUUUAACGUACGAUAAUUGACUCGGUUGUGUUUUACAAACACAUUUUUUUGCAACCCAAGCUUCUUAAUUAAGCCAGAGAAGGGAAUUUUUUGUCGUCGAUUUUCAUUGAUAAAAUCAUUUGUAAGAACUAUAAAUAGACAUGUGAGUGUUAUAACUUUUCAUUUGACGUUUUACAGUACGGAUAGCUCGGUAACAAACGACAAGAUAAUUUCGUUUUUACAUACAUAUAUUAGCAUCGUUUGUAAUUAACGAAUAAUACUAAUAAUAAAACGUUUUGGUGGUGUUAUCAUGAUUUUGGUUAAAACAAUUUUGUCACACUGUGUCACUGAAAGUUUAUCUCAUUACCCAAGCAAUAAUUGUAACUAAAGUAAAUUCUAUGUGAAUUUCUGAAAGAAAACUAAAGCAAAUCAGUGUACAUUCCAUCACCUGCUGCAAAUUAUAGCCCUGUGUCAAAGAAAAAUAGUUUUAGAUCACUCAAUAAUGAUGUUGAUAAUAAUAGCAAUAAACAAUAAUAAUAAUAAUAAUAAUCCGAAACAGAACCAGUUAGUACAAAAUGAAAAUGAUGAAAAUUAGGUCCUGUCAUCAGAUAACAACAGUCCACAAAUGAACUGACUACCCAAGAGAAACAGAACCAGUUGGUACAGAAUGAAAAUGAUGAAAAUUAGGUCCUGUCAUCAGAUAACAACAGCCCAUAAAGAACUGACUACCCAAGAGAAACAGAACCAGUUAGUACAAAAUGAAAAUGAUGAACAUUAGGUCCUGUCAUCAGAUAACAACAGCCCACAAAUGAACUGACUACCCAAGAGAAACAGAACCAGUUAGUACAAAAUGAAAACUGUGAUGAAAAUUAGGUUCUGUCAUCAGAUAACAACAGCCCAUAAAUGAACUGACUACCCAAGAGAAACAGAACCAGUUAGUACAAAAUGAAAACUGUGAUGAAAAUUAGGUCUUGUCAUCAGACUACCCAAGAGAAACAGUACCAGUUAGUUUAAAAUAAUAAUGAUAAAAAUUAGGUUUUGUCAUCAGAUAACAACAGCCCAUAAAUGAACUGACUACCCAAGAGAAACAAAACCAGUUAGUACAAAAUAAGUAUGAUAAAAAUUAGAUUUUGCCAUUAGAUAACAAAAGCCCCUAAAUAAACUGACUAUCGAAGAGAAACAGAAUAACAAAGCUAAAUGUUUUCUUUAAAUUGAAGUGACCAGAAAACAGAAAUACCUCACUGUAUUGGGAAUAAUUUGACUAAAACCAAACUUACCUCAAGUCUAAUAUCACUAAUAUGUAACUUAAGUCCGUAACAGAAUUUACAAGGCUAUCCGGUGGAAUGAUAUUCUGGCGAAGAACAUCAGUGAUCAAACGAACGUGGAAGCGACGUACACAGUAGCUGGCAUCAUAUUGAAUUCCACUUUGGCAUAGGCCGAUUUGGCGGGUUCAAGUUCCCGCGUUGCCACGUCUUUCGUCAGGAAAUCUCCUAAAUAUUUCAUUUUUGGAGAAACCCGUCGGCCGGACUCCACAUAUUUCUUCUUUGAGUGUAUGCCAAUGCUUUUGGGGGUUGUAACCCUCGACAGACUCGAAAUGGCAAACGAAGACUCAUACCGUCGACGGUCGCCUUCACUUCAAAUGGUUUCGAAAUCAAAACCACAGCGCUUUUGAACUUUGAAAGUCUAAAGGGUAGAAUAUUAAUUAAUUAGUAAGAAUUUAACUCCGUUACAUCACAUGAUCGCUGCCUGACCCUCAAAAACAAAAAAAAUCGUACAUGUACGCUGCCGUCCAUUCAUUUGAGCGGCACUGGAAACAAGUUUUUGCGGCGCUUUGUCACACAUUUCCACAUGAAAUACAGGUCACUCCUUCAAAAAUGUUAUCAAAGUGACAAAGGAAAUAUAAAAUGCUUUAACGUAAUGUCUUUUAAGCCUGGCGUGCCCCGUCCAAAUCACCGGCAGUCCAAUCUGGAUUUGUUUAUCAUGUGAAUUACUUUCUGUGGGUAGAUGACGCGAGCUUUUAUUUUUAAGAUACAUUUCGAAUGAUCAAAAUCUUUUUCAUUUUAAACAGAAAGGUCACACCACAAUAAAACGGUUGCGUGGGAUGCUGGCUCCUCGCCUUGCCUAGCGCUCAAAUGACGCGUCUCUCGCGGAUACUCGGUGUUCCGGUCUUAAUUAAUUUUAUGACACCAAGCAAACACCUUUCUAUCGCAUACCAGGGCAUCAAUUAUUUCCUGCGCCUGCUGAGAUUUUUUUUCUUGAGCAAAGCUCCUCAUGUUCAAGUUGUCUUCGUUCUUUUACUUUGCGAGUCUCACCUUCAGGUAUUUAUGGUGCUCGUCCUCUACCACUUUAGUUAUGCUGCUAAUGACAACAGCGAAAAAAAAAAAAAGAAAGAAACAGUAUUCGCGUGGAAUUGCGAGCUUUACUGAUCAGCAGACCACCUUCACGCAUGCGCAAGGGGCGAUCUUUCGAAGUCGAGAUUUUAAUUUGUACGUAGAGUAUCUCAAAAACUGAUCCCGUGACCCUACUUUUUUAGCGGGAAAAUAUUCAACAGCAAAAGCGGAAUGCAUGAGCGAAAUUUCUGACUCGGAAAGGUUUUGUUAGAAAUCGCAGAACCAAGACUUUCUGACACUGAUGAUGAACUUAAUGAUACUGAUGGUGAGGAAGAUGACAAGACUGACGCUUUCGAUGAAGGAACGUCUUCAGGUGCGUAAAUUGUUUCCUGAAUUCACAGAAUAUUGGCAGUGCCGACUUAAUUAAGUUGGCUGACAAUAGUUUCCAGCUCUUUCUAUCACUUAUACUUUGAUGGAUCAAUACAACCACUCUUAGUCAUAUCAUCCUCCAAUAAUGGUAUCACACAAAUACCCAGCCAUUGGUUAACAAGUUGUGAUCAUCCUUUUUAUAUAACAGGCUACCAUACAAACAAUAAAACCCGUUAGAAACGCGCUAAAUGUUACCAUUAGGGGAAACCUCCAUUUUUAUUAUCGAAUAUUUAUAAGUAAGAUAAGAGGAAACAUUAUUGUAAACUUAAAAUUCUGCGAGGGAGUGCAAGGCCACCUUGAAUCAAGGUGUCUCUGUUAAUUGAUUGGUUUAUUAACAUUAUAACAGGACGCUCUACCAAGAAGCAAGUAGCGAAAAGUAUGUCCCAGAAAGAUUUCACUAAAGAAGUGGCUAGCAAAUCAUCACGAAAGUCAAACAGUAAGAUACGAAAUCAUUUGUUGAUAUUCUUAAAAACUGGAAAGCAUUUGAGGCGUUCUCUUUCAUGGGAUCAUUGUUGCCAGCAGUGGCAACCAAUUUCUUUAGUACGUAUUUUGUUUGAGGUAAAUACAAGUCCUAGAAAAUCAUAGAUUUUGUGAAGGCAAAUGAGGAAAUUGACUUUCUGAUCAUGUUUUAAAACAAGUUGAAGUGUGCUAUCAGUUUUCAUGUAUUGCUGAGUUCAAACACGGAGCACAGCGUCAAACGGACUACCUUGUAGUACAGAGAUUUAAUCGGGUAAUAAGAAUCAGUCUUGUAGUCUUGGAUUUUGGUCAAUAAAACGUUUUUUGGCACUUCUUGUUAUAGCUGUAUGGAUGUCUAUAUUCUUCGACAUUAAUUUUGACUCAUUUUGUAAUAGAAGCCAAAGGAAGAAGAGCGAAGAAGAUUGUAACUUCAGGUAAAGAGGAUGGGAAUUAUUUUAUUUAUACUAUUGAGCUGAGGUUUGCGAAAGACCAGAUCAAAGCUUACAUUUUAAAAGAUGUCGAUAAGAAAAAAGUUAGCCUGAGAAAAACAAAUCGACCACUACUCUCGUAGCCUUCUUCUAUUCCUACUGACGAGUUCAUUUGAAAAAGACGAAAACUUCUCAUGUUUUGCUUUUUGACGAUUACGUAUUUUAAUUGCAUCUCUAUUGUCAGAUAAUUAGAAUAAGUUAUCGUCAGAAAAGCAAAACAUAAGAAGUUUUUGUUUUUGUCAAAAUGAACUCGUCAGUAGAAAAAGAAAAAAAGGUACGAGGGUAGUGGUUCUCAAACUUAAUUAAUAUUUUCUCAAAGCAAACUUGAAAUAGCCGAUACGCAGGUGAACCCGAUGGGCUAUUUUUCUAUCCGCCCCAACCCGCUCACGCUUUGCAUUGACAACCGUCCAGUUUGCGCGGUCACUGCAUAAAAAAAUAUGGGAAUACAGAGAUUGGUGAAUUGUCUUAUUUUCCUAGUUCUUGACAAAGUUUCGGCAACGAAGCUCAUGUUAAGCAGUGCGACUAAAGGUUGUCACUUAGCUGGCGAGUAGAGGAACGAUAGUCAGCAUUAGUUCUCCCAUAAAAUUAAAAUGUGUUCGAUAUAUUCAGCCUCUGGUGCGCAAAAAAAAAAAAUUUUCUCCAUAGACUCCUUAUUCCUUUUAUUGACUUGUUUUAGGUGUCAAAAUACGACAUUCUUUGCAAUCUGUCGAGACAAGGGGCAAGUUUCCAAGCUGCUGGUGGUUAGCGACUCUAGUGUUCGAUGCGUAGUCAUAUUGUUUCUUAUUGCUUUCUUUUAGAUAUUGCGUAUCUGGAAUUUUCAGACACGGAUGGGGAGCUUGAUGAUUGUGAUGAGGACAACCGUGUUGUCGAAGGUGAUGAGAAAAAUAUCCUCGUGAUAGAACAAAACUAUGUAAAAUUUAACUACAUGGUGUCGCAAUUCCUUUUCUUGCCCCUUUUCUCGAAAGAAAAUCCGUUUUUUUUAUGGGUUUCAGAAUCCCAGUGAAUAUGAGAUAAUAAGAGAGGAUUUCCUCCCGUCAACUCUGCAAGAGAAAAUGCUUCCCUAGAAAAUCAGGUGUAUAAAUUCAACUCUGUGUAUACUUCAUGGAUUGAAAACUUAAUGCACUAUCACUCUUGAGUAUGUAUUAAAGAUUGGGAGGUUGUAGAAGUCUCCCUUCCCCCACCUCUGUGUAUGUGUUUGGGAAGGCCCCGCCCGAAGUUGGUCUGAACGACACACAUUGUAGGUUAAGCAGGGACGGACGUUCGUAAUCAUAAAGUGAGGAUAAGAGUGAGUUGGUUCACUAUUCCCCCCGGAGUACCCUUCUAUCUUUGUGAAGUGCUUUUCAAAAUCUCGAUUUUUUUAAUUUUUAUAUUUCCUAUCAACAUAGAACACAAGACGAUAAGGGGUGGUCGCUCUCAGAAACAUAAAGAUCAACAUAAGGAGAAUUCAAACUGUGCUAUUUCAAAGACAAAGAGUAAGUUGGUCAAAUUUCCUUUCGUUAUAAAAACGGCACAUAGGAUAUUUUGUUAUGUGGAAAUGAGUCGAUUUUAGUAAAAAAAAUGUAGUCGCCUGUUGUAAAGUAAGUCAAAAGCGCUGUGAAUAUCUACCUUUGUAUUGUAUUUGUCCCCCUUCCCUGUGUCUAGAUUCUCUGACUUAUUGUGUAUUUACUUAUAGUUGUCAAAGAACCUACAAAGACGGCAAAAAUUGGUGGGAAAGAUCCAGCUAAGAAGAAUGCCAAAAAAGCUGUGCUCAAGUCAGGGAGUAAGUUUGGAAUAUUUUUUCACUGUCUAUAUCUCAAAUAUAUGCAGAAGUCUGACCGAACAGGGUAGCAUUUUUCUCUGAUCUGACAAGCUAAAGCAGUUUUUAACCUAUCACGCCAGAGACUCUCUGGCGUUCACAGUAUUGUCAAUACAUCAAAAGUGAUGCGUGUGUGUUACCUUGGUUGAUUCGACUUUCGCGCUGAUUUAUAAUUUGCGAGCUGUAAAUCUAUUACACUCUCAAUAAAUUCGGUUGCGAACUUUUUCGGAAGGAGUUUUUCAUGUGGCGUUGUUUUAGUAACGGUUUUGAGAGGCGCUCUUCCCGUAUACUGUAGGAAUUUUAGGCAUUACAUAUCCUUGGGAACCUUUAUUGUCUUCCAGCAAAGAAACGGUGCUUUUAUCACUAAGGUAAGCGUUUUCGAUUUGCAGAGUCGACUGCCCAUACUCCGUGGACAGAAGAGGAAAAAGAAGCUGUUUUCAAGUAUCUCGCUCCCUGGAUUAGACGAGGACGUGUUCCUGGCAAACGUGACUGUGAGAAUUGUAUUGCCAAAGCAAAUGGCGCCUUAGAUCGUAGGGAAUAGACAGCCGUAAAAUAUUAUAUUAAGAACCAGAGUGACAAAAGAAAGAGGGUUCUCACAACUAUAAAUAACAGUUUGUAGUUUGCUAUUGUCAUCCUGGCACGGUCCUAGUUACUUCAAAUGAGAUUAGCACAGUGAAUGAAAUAAUAAUGUUGUAAAAUGAUCGUAAGAUUAUUAAGCUUUUUCUUUAGUGUUAGACUACUUACGCUGACAAUUGGAUUGCAUAUAAUUGGUGCUCAUAAGCUUUUGAGAACAAUAGGUGUCUCCUUGUGUCACAGGGUCCAGAGCAGUUUCGUAUGAAUAAAUGAAUUACUUACCUUGAAAAAUGUCUAUACCUGUCGCUUAGCACGAUUAAUUAGCCCAAUGGGAUCUUUAUAAAUCUACUGUAAACGAUUUCUUCGCUUCUUAUCUGACCCAGAUCGACUUUUGAAAAUCAAUAGCCGCAAGCCAUAUCCUCGCUGGCGCACGGCACGUCGCCCGAAGGGUGACCGAAGAUCGUCGCCCGGAGGGCGACCGAGGCACGAAGUGCCGAGUAAAAGAAAGGACAAGGGAGGAAACUUGUACCACGUGACUUCGUUCUAUGUGAACCGCAGUACUCGGUGACGGAAGUCGGAAUGAGACCGGAAACGCAAAAGUAACAGACCGCUGCUAAUUCGAGAAUCAAAACAUCAGCUACGGAGAGAGUUUUAAAGAUCUCAGAGAUCUAUGCGAAAACAACAGAGUUUUAAUUGAAGUGAAGAUCUUUCAAGACUAGACAUUUGUUGUACGUUUCAACACUCUUCGAUGUCUUAAGCAGGUUUUGUUUGUGCGAAGGCUUCCCAGUAGUCGCAAAACUCACAGCCAAAGACGCAAGAGGUAAGUUGGACCACCGAAGAAUGGCACAGUCGUGAUGAUAUUACAGUUGCCUUGUACGCCCGCUCUACUGAGGGUCACUUUUUAUUGCAAGAGUACAUACGACCCGUAAAUCACUAUCCGUAAUAAUUAACAUUCUCCAAACAAAACUAACAAGCUGGGCCCAGCGUGAUACAGCACUGAAGAAAAACAUUACAUUCACGGACUAAAGAAAAUCGCUUAGUUAUUCAGAUCCAGAAGGCACUUUGGAGAAAACUGGAACCCUUGUUCAGCCGUAAUAAAAAGCUUUACGCUUCAAAAGAGGUCAAAGAAAAUGCGCUUUCAUCAGAGGGCAAAUCCUGCCGACCAGAAACAAUAACCACAGUAAAUCGAUAUGUGUCAUGACCUCUCAGUGUGAAACAUGCGGCUAAAAUUCCCGCUAAAAUCACAUUUGCUGUAGAACCUUCCAGAGCAUAAUCUACCCAGCAGAGGAAAAAAACUUUAUUGGAACGAGCAGCAUUUUGAUUUUGGCAUGAGGCAAAAGUCGUGUAGGCUUCCCUUUUAUUGCUCCCAUCUUGAACACAUUUACUUUACUACGUCAUUUCCGUCACCAUGUGUUGCGAUGCACACCGAACGAAAGCGCUCUCUAGAAGCCGUAAAUUUCGGUCGCCGAAAAUGAAUUUGAACGCUUUCUUAUGCCGUUUUCCUGCAGUAUUUGGCAAAUACAUAAGAAUUCUAGAUCAGGUUAGUAAAAUCAGGCGAUUUGAUUCAAUUCCAUUUGAGUUUCAGGGAUUCGAAAAUUGGCCCCAAAUUUGUUUCCUCCCUUUCCGUAUUUUAUACUGUAAGCCGAUCUUGCGAGCCCUCAGUCUCUUGGUUUGCGGUCUAUAGAAUGUGUAACGAAACCGUAACGCGAUCAAAAUAACCCGUUUUUUCAGAGGUUUUCGACGGGUUUUGAUGUUCUAACGACAAACACAUCUCCUCUGGACCCUGUGCUUGUGUGGGAAAUCUGUAAUGAUACCAAGUUGGAGUAUCGAAGAAACUAA